GUCUUCUCACACGUUUCCUUUGCUUCUUUCAUAAUUUUCUAAUAUUCCUCUUUUUCUCUCGCAUAAACACGAAACAAUUCAUUGUUGAUCGUUCAGAGAAAUUAAUCCGUCUGUAGAAUUGAUAAAGAUGUCUUCAUCCAACGGAGUCUUCGCUCAUCAGAGAAACGCGCAUCGUAACGGUGGAAGAACCAUGCUGAAGAGACCAAUCGACAAUCGCGGAUGCAGAAUCGGAGGUUUUCAGGAGGAGGAGGAGCGAAGCCGUUACGCCCCGCUUCAGAAACGCCCCAGAUAUCAGCAGGCGCAACCGCAAUUCCAAUCGGCUAAACCUAACGGCGGCGGGACUCCUCCUAUGUAUCGCCAUCAUCAUGAUAGUAACUUGUCUAGGGUUUCUAAUUACGGUGAUGUGAUCAAUUCUAAUUCAAGUAAUGUCUUUCCUUUUGCUCUUCGUAACAAUCGUCAUUCGCAAUCUAACAAACCGUAUGGUUAUGGGAACCCUAAUCCCCAAUCGGUUCCGCUUCCUUUACCGUAUCGUAAACUAGAUGGUUUCGAUUCGUUACCGGAAUGGGUUCCUAAUUUCGUACCUAACACAAACCGUGAGAUAACCGGAGUCCGGUUUAACGUUGUGUCGCAAUCAUUACCCCAACAACCUGUCGUGAGCAAAGAAUUGGCUGAUUUACUUAGCGUUCUUAACAACAAUGAGAAAGAAUGUGAUCUCGGGCUUGAUUUUGAUAAAAGUAAUCUUAACGUGCGACAUGAAUCUGUUGUUAAGUCUCUUUAUUCCGACAUGCCGAGGCAAUGUUCCUCGUGUGGUGUUAGAUUCAAGGGUCAAGAAGAGCAUAGCAAGCACAUGGACUGGCAUGUGAGGAAGAAUAGAAUGGCUAAAGACGCGACCAAAGCCGCCACAACCACGAGGGCAAGCCAGAAACCGAAGAAGUCGCGUGAUUGGUUUGCUAGCUUGUCUCUAUGGCUCAGUGCGGCAACAGGAGCUGCCAUUGAAGGGGCUAAACCUCUUUUUGGAGAAACACAGAAGACGAAAGAAGAGGAGAAACAACAGCAACGCUAUGUCCCUGCUGAUGAGAACCAGAAGAUGUGUGCGUUAUGUUUGGAGUCGUUGGAAGAGUUUUUCAGCCAUGAAGAGGAUGAUUGGAUGUACAGAGAUGCUGCCUACUUGAACAUGAACGGGUCUGGUCCUAUAGUGCAUGUUAACUGUAUGCCGGAACCACGAAAAGGGCCUGCAAAGGGAUUGACAAAGCCUGUUGCGAGUGCAGUGGCCUGCUGAUAGAUUUACGUAGUCUUAGACUCCUAGAGAUUUGAUUCUUGUUCCUUUCUUUGUAACUAAUGAACAUGCACAAUUAAGAGUUGUAAAACACUUUGAAUUUCAAUAAAAUUUUCAUCUUCAAUU